AUGCAACCUCUCAACCUGUUCCUGACUGCUCUGUUUGGCACAUCGGCCCUUGCCGUGCCCACUUCCCUUGACUACAGAUACUCGGAUCUGGAGCAGCGCGGCGCGGAUGCAAACAAGAUUGUCGGCUGGAUACUAAACAGGUUUCCAGGGGAAAUGACUGUGAAUGCCGCCUGUUCCUUUAUCAAAACGAGCGAGCUCCUGCUCGGCACCAUCUUUGGCAUACCGUCCGACUUCAACAACAGCGGCUGCAAGGACGUCCUCAUUGUCUUUGCCCGUGGCACCUGUGAUCCCGGCAACAGCGGUAUCCUCGUCGCGCCGCCCUUUAUUGACGCAGUCCGCAAGGCCAUUGGGGACAAGAGUCUGGGCGUCCAAGGCGUCGCCUAUCCAGCCAGCGUAGACGGCUACCUCAACGCCCACAACGCCGCUGGCCUGGCCAUGGCCCAGAUUGUCCGCGAGACUCGCGCUUCCUGCCCGAAUACCAAGAUUGUGCUCAGCGGCUACUCCCAGGGCGCCUUUGCUCCCCAUUACGCGGCGGAUGCUCUCGGUGACGAAAUGCGCAAUGUUAGCGCCGUCGUCACCUUUGGCGACCCAAUGUCCGGCAAACCCGUGGCCAAUAUGGACGCCAACAGGUCUCUCUGUAUCUGUCAUCUCGGCGACGACAUUUGCGAUCAGGGCAACAUGAUUUUCCCCCAACAUCUGACGUACGGCAUAGACGCCACACAUGCCGCUGCCUUUGUCGCAUCACACAUGUGA